GGGGGCCAGUCGCUUGUCAAGGUGGUUGGGUUGGCUAGUGUGUGGUGCAGGUAAGUUUAAGCUUUUCCAUUUACGUUACUCUUAUAAAUAGUAUUUUAAGUUAUUGUGAUAAUAUUGUGCAAGAUGAAAAAUUAUAAUGCUAAUGUUACUGGAAAUGAUCAACAAUGCAAAUGUUUUAACUCAAUUUGAAAUGUUCAAUUUGAAAAUAUUUGGUUCAUAAAAUGGAUAAUUAACUGUUCAUUUUUGUAUUAUUACUAUAGUUAUUUUCUUAUUUAUCAUUGCCAUCAUGCAACAUUUUUACCGCUCCAUACAAUUGCACAGAGUUACAUGAAGAAACCCACAGGAAAGCUCUCAAGGUGUAACAGAGGGAUAGGGACAAUGCAUUUACUAUUUACAUGAUAUAAAUGUAAUUGUCACUUUGUUAGUUAUAAGAACUGUCCAAAAUAGGUUUGAUAGUUGUGCAAAUAUCAAUUUCAAUUGCAAUCAUUGUAUUUGUACUGUGUUUUGAGGUUGAGAUCUGAGAUGCUAGUCGUUUUCCACCUCAUUUACACUGUGUAUAUUUCCAUGAGUUAUCCAUACAAAACUCAUGCUGGAUCAAUUUGUAUACAUCUACACAGACACCCACCCAACCACACACGUGCUCACACACACACACACACACACACACACACACACACACACACACACACACACACACACACACACAUACACACAUACAUACAUGCACACACACGCACAACAUUUCUAUUAAAAAAUAUAUAUUAUUUAGUUUCAGUUGUAGUUUUAGUGUUAAGGACAGAGAGUAGCCUAUGCGUGGGAGGCUAGCAGCCAUUUACAGUAUGUGUUGUAUAGUUUAUGUGUUUUUGGGGAUGUCACUUCUUGCCACUUUGGGGCAGUAAUGCAUAAGAUGAUGGGUCAGGUCAUAGGUUAGGUUAGGUUUAUAGGUAGACUCUGCGGGAUGACGUAGAUGCACAAAGUAAACAGUAGUAGUGCUGGGUCAAUUUCCGCAAAAACGUUUUGGUCCCAUAGCUACCACAUUGUAGCAGUGUGAAGCACACCCGUGUACAUCCGCAGAUACUCCGUAUGACUGUAUGAGAGCAAAGUUUUGCAUCGUGCUCAUCGCAAUGCUUGAGAUCUCCUGAUAUACAAGCUGAUCAAACGGAUCAAUUUUGUCAAGUCAGUGACCAUCUUUGGUCACCACCUUUCAAAGUGUGUUGCAUUGAACUGCAUGAACUGCAUGAACUUUACAAAAACCAUGUGAUCAAUGGUCAUGAAGUUUUGACUGCAGUCGACCGCAAGUUUGUGCAGUUGCUCUUCACCAACUUCAUCCUGCAGCUAUCACCUGCAUUUUGGGAGGCUCUAUUGUCAACCAAUCAUAAGGGGGGGUUUAUUUGACCCAUGUGAAUGUGACCAAAGAUAUGACUGAAACAGGAACCAAUUUGCCGCGAUUUAUGGGUACUGUGAAUAUAUACAAAUAAAUGUGAUAUUUGAGGCUCUAUCUCACUAAGUGAUUGUACAAUGUGUACACAUAAUAUUGUAUAAAAAUGUCAGUUUUUGAGUGUGUGAUAUGGGGGUAAGAGAUAUGUUUAUUUCGACAUUAUAAAGAAAACCUUUUAUAAACAAUGGCAACACUGCCAUGUUGAUCUGAGCCUUGCUGUUGGAAAUCUACAUUAGUGUCUGACUUUCAGCUGUUGCAGAAAGUGAUCAAUGGUCAUGAACCUCCGACUUCACUCCUCCACUUUCGUCUACAGUCGUUUGCUUUAGCCUUUAUCACUCAAACGAGCCCAAUAUCAGCGGUGCUGUUCAUUGCAACGUCAUCUCACUGAGUCUACCUUUCAAUUAUAAAGUUAAUUUCAGUGUGACCCGCCAGAUUCAGAAGCUUUAAAACAUUAGAAAAAAAAUACUGGGCAUAGAUGUCAAUUCAACGUCUAUUCCAUAUUGGUUCAACAUAAUUUCAUUGAAAUGACGUGGAAACAACAUUGCAACGUCAUCUCACUGAGUCUACCUUUCAAUUAUAAAGUUAAUUUCAGUGUGAACCGCCAGAUUCAGAAGCUUUAAAACAUUAGAAAAAAAAUACUGGGCAUAGAUGUCAAUUCAACGUCUAUUCCAUAUUGGUUCAACAUAAUUUCAUUGAAAUGACGUGGAAACAACAUUGCAACGUCAUCUCACUGAGUCUACCUUUCAAUUAUAAAGUUAAUUUCAGUGUGACCCGCCAGAUUCAGAAGCUUUAAAACAUUAGAAAAAAAUAUACUGGGCAUAGAUGUCAAUUCAACGUCUAUUCCAUAUUGGUUCAACAUAAUUUCAUUGGAAUGACGUGGAAACAACCCCCCCCCCCCCCCCCCCCCCCCCCCCCCCCUUAAAUGAACAACAACUGAACAUAAUUCACAUGGUUUUAAUUUUAUUUUAGUUAGUUUUGAAGUGAAAGAUAAUAGUUUCAGUAUAAGUUUGGUUUUUCAAACGGGUUUAUUAAUCGUUAUUUCAUAAUUAGUUUAAAUUUUAGUUUCAGUUUUAGUUUACUAUAAUAACCUUGACACACACACCUGUCUAGUCUGUCUAAUCUGACUCUCUACUACCCUUUACCUUGCUCUGUUUUGGAAAUAAUCCAUACUGUUGUCACAGACAACUUCUAUCCUCAGCUCCCGUCAGAGAUUUGUGGAUGCUGUGACAGGCCACAACAGACUUUAUGUAACAAGGAAGACAGGACCACAGGAAUACAUGUAGACAUGCACUCAUGCACUCAUACAUUCAUGAGCUGAAUAAAGAGUUAUUUGACCACGCACACCAGUGGUAUCAUGAACUUUACCCAGUACCAGGACAUUUUAGCCCAAAACCUGUUUACCUCUGCCCGGAGGCUGAAACUUGGCCACAAGUUGCUCUUCCAGCAAGACAAUAUCCCCAAGGACACAUACAAAUCCAUAGAGAAAUGAUUAAUUGGCCACAAAAUCAACAUUUUGCAAUGGCCAUCUCAUUCUCCGGACUUGAAAACCUGUAGUUUGAAUUGAAGAGGGCAGUCCGUAAGCACAGACGAAGGAUAUCAAGGAUCUGGAAGGAUUCUGUAUGGAGGAAUGGUCUAAGAUCCCUCCCAAUGUGUUCUCCAACUCAUAAAACAUUUUAGAAAAAGGCUCAGUGCCAUUUUCCUCUCAAGGUGAGGUAUUGAAAGGUAUUGUAAACAGGGGUGUCAAUAUUUUUUACACUUACCUUUUUGAGAAAAAAUUAUUUCCAAAGUGUUUAGAGCAUAUAAUAUAGCUCAGUACUACAGAAUUAUUACUUUUCCAUAGUCAUUUUUGCUCAUCAUUAUCAAGGGUGUAAAUAAUUUCAAACUCCACUGUAUACCCACUCAUUCAAUCAAUAAGGGCAGAAUCCUAACAUUAACUCACAUUUUUGUGCAAAUCUGUUAUACACUGAACAAAAAUAUGAACGCAAUAUGUAAAGUGUUGGACCCAUGUUUCAUGACCUGAAAUAAAAGAUCCCAGAAAUGUUCCAUACGUACAAAAAGCUUAUUUCUCUCAAAUGUUGUGAACAAAUUUGUUUACAUCCCUGUUAGUGAGCAUUUCUCCUUUGCCAAGAUAAUCCAUCCACCUGACAGGUGUGGCAUAUCAAGAAGCUGAUUAAACAGCAGGUGCACCUUGUCCUGGGGACAAUUAAAGGUCACUCUAAAAUGUGCAGUUUUGUCACACAACACAAUGCCACAGAUGUCUCAACUUUUGAGGGAGCGAACAUUUGGCAUGCUGACUGCAGGAAUGUCUACCAGUGCUGUGGCCAGAGAAUUUAAUGUUAAUUUCUCUGCCAUAAGCCUAUACCAUUGGAGGCCAAUGUUGUUUUAGGGAAUUUGGCAGUACCUCCAACCGGCCUCACAACCGCAGACCACGUGUAAUCACGCCAGGCCAGAACCUCCACAUCCGUCUUCUUCACCUGCGGGAAAGUAUGGUCGUGUCUACACUUGACACUUAUAUGUGACUUCUGCUAUCAGAAUACAAAGCUCGCAUUGAAAAGAUGGGUGUGUGUGGAUUUCUCCUCAAUCUGGACGCAAUCAGGCUACCGAAAGCGCAUACAGUGGGCGACAUAAUCAGCACUCCUCCCACAAGUCUCCAGAAAACAUGUGUUUUGGGACCGAGACGCACCUUUUCAUUAUAUCGUUAGAGGAAAUAUGUUCCUAGCAUGUGGGGAACGUGUUUGCUGUUCUCAUAAAUGCUAGCCAGCUAGCUAAUAUUUAGAACAAUUAUUUUUUGUUUGGCUAGAGUUAUGCUAACUCAUUUGCAAUCCCUUUAGCAUUGCUUGCUAACUUGCUGGCUAGCUACAGAGGUUAGCUGGCUACUUAGCUACAGCUACUGCCAUCAGCUGUUGUUGUGUUAUUAUCAUACAGUAUUUUGCCUAUUCCACAGUUUAUAGAAUGCAUACUGGCAUUUGAAUAUAGAGCGGGAACGGACCCAAUGUGGACAUGGUGGACACGUUCGGAAUUCCAUGAUCUGAACUCCAUUAUCAGAAUACAAAAGCUACACGUCCUCUGAAACCAGCCACCCAGACAGAUGAUGAAACUGUGGGUUUGUACAACCGAAGAAAUUCUGCACAAACUGUCAGGGAAGCUCAUCUGCGUGCCCGCCGUCCUCACCAGGGUCUUGACCUGACUGCAGUUUGGUGUCGUAACUGACUUCAGUGGAAAAAUGCUCACCUUCGAUGGCCACUGGCACGCUGGAGAAGUGUGCUCUUCAAGUAUGAAUCCUGGUUUCAACUGUACCGGGCAGAUGGCAGACAGCUUUUAUGGCGUAGUGUGGGCUAGCAGUUUGCUGAUGUCAACAUUGUGGACAGAGUACCCCAUGGUGGUGGUGGGGUUAUGGUAUGGGCAGGCAUAAGCUACGGACAACGAACAAAAUUGCAUUUUAUAGAUGGCAAUUUGAAUGCACAGAGAUACCGUGACGAGAUCUUGAUGCCCAUUGUCAUGCCAUUCACCUGCCUCCAUCACCUAAUGUUUCAGCAUGAUAAUGCACGGCCCCAUGUCGUGCAAAAAAUUAUUAAAUCCUGUUUUCGCUUUGUCGUUAUGGGGUAUUGUGUGUAGAUUGAUUAGGGGGAAAAUGUAUUUAAUCAAUUUUAGAAUAAGGUUGUAAUGUAACAAAAUGUGGAAAAAGUCAAGGGGUCUGAAUACUUUCCGAAUGCUCUGUAGAUUCACUGUAUUUCAAUCAGUUGCACAGUACAGUAUAAAGUGUAUAGCAGGGGUGGCAAAUUGACGGCCCACAAGCCAAAUCCGGCCAGCAAGCCUGCAGUGGAUUUGGGGACAUUAUAAUUAUGGUUGAAAAACAACUUCUGUUUAUACUUGAAUGUCUACAACCAAAAUGAUUGCCCACCCCUCAUAUAAAUCAUUUAGAGGAUACUGUAGAGAAUUUUCAUGUUCAGAUGUAAAGUGUGUGAAUCAGACAUGAGAUCGGACAACAAUGUAAAGACAGUAAUAGGAAAGGUUAUAUACAAUGCUUAUCAGAGCCUCUUUGCUAUGUUCCAGCUGCAUUGAACGUUAACACCAACGCCAACCCCAGCAGAGACUGCCAGGUAAGUGGUCCCUCCACACGUUUGUACAGUAUAUACUCUAUACUGUAUAUAACUCCCUUGGUAAGCAUACUAAAACUAUUUCAAAGUGUAUUAAUACUGUGUUUUGUGCUGCCCGUGCUGUCCACUCCUGGGAAAAUAGGGUUCCCCAUUCAAUCUAACUAUGACCCCUUUUUGCUAUAGUACAUUUCAGAAAUGGUUUCCUGGACACAGAAGCCUGAUCUUGGACUAAGAACCACUUUUAAUGGAGAAUCACCAUUGAACAUUUAUUUGAGUCUUGGACUAGGCUGAAUCUGUGUCUGGAAACCGUCUCUCAGUUUUUUAAGGCUAGGACCUUGUACCACAGCAUUAAGACACCUGCAACAUGCUGAGCAACCCGCUGGAGAUAUUUUGUUUUUGAUACUGUUGAUGUGAUUGAUUAAGCCAUCUGUGGGAAGAGCUAAAAGCCAUUGAAGGGCCAGUUUAUCAAUAGUGUAGUUCAUACAUGCAUACAGACCCUCACUUAAAAGAAGAACAGCACACAAACACACACACACACACACACAAUAGGGGGGAUUUAUACAUACAUAACCUUUCCUAUAGCCAAUCCUACGCUACCUUUUUUAUACACUACCAGUCAAAAGUUUUAGACACACCUACUCAUUCAAUGAAAUAACACAUAUGGAAUCAUGAAGCAAUCAAAAAAGGGUUAAACAAACCCUUUGCCUUGAUGACAGCUUUGCACACUCUUGGCAUUCUCUCAACCAGCUUCAUGAGGUAGUCACCUGGAAUGCAUUUCAAUUAACAGCUGUGCCUUCUUAAAAGUUAAUUUGUGGAAUUUCUUUUCUUCUUAAUGCGUUUGCGCCAAACAGUUUGGGGGGGUAUACAGAAGAUAGCCCUAUUUGGUAAAAGACCAAGUCCAUAUUAUGGCAAGAACAGCUCAAAUAAGCAAAGAGAAACAACAGUUCAUCAUUACUUUAAGACACGAAGGUCAGACAAUACAGAACAUCUCAAGAACUUUGAAUGUUUCUUCAAGUGCAGUCGCAAAAACCAUCAAGCGCUAUGAUGAAACUGGCUCUCAUGAGGACCGCCACAGGAAUGGAAGACCCAGAGUUACCUCUGCUGCAGAGGAUAUGUUCAUUAGAGUUACCAGCUUCAGAAAUUGCAGCCCAAAUAAAUGCUUCACAGAGUUCAAGUAAAAGAUACAUCAACAUCAACUGUUCAGAGGAGACAGGUGAAUCAGGCCUUCAUGGUCAAAAUGCUGCAAAGGAACCACUACUAAAGGACAUCAAUAAGAAGAAUUGGGCCAAGAAACACGAGCAACUCAAUUGAAUGUUUUAAUCAUUUGACAGCCCUACAUAGAACGUAUGUUCACAAUUAAACUUCUCUGUUUGAGCUACACCAUGGUAUCCAUCCCCUACCAGCCUUUACAAUCAUUAGGGGAUCCCCUGAAACGCCCUUAAUUAAAAUGAGGUACACCUGUGACUGGCAGAGGCAGGAGGGUUCGUUCAAGAACCACAACAAACUUCAACCCUGUUACACACACACACACCCUUUCCUCCACACAUAUACAUUUUAUCAUAGCUGCCACCACUAUGUCAUAGCUGCCACCGUUGUCACUAAACUGAUUGUCACCAUUGAUAAUGUAUUCAUACAUAGGAAAGACAUACACACAAACAAACAUACACUCCUGUCCUUUGAAACUCUUGUACCCACACACACACUGCCACACGCCAUUUAUUGACACUCCAAACACAGCCAGCAGCUAAUCUGUCACCUCCACACCGACACCAAAAACAACCAGUGGACCAAAACCCUGCAGACAGGGGCUACCGCCACCAUGUUUACGCUGUAGACACCAGCUACACCCGGCCUCCCUCGUUGUGGCCACCAGCCGAGCAUGUCGGUGCCUUGGCGACCGACCUCACCCCACCCUCACUGCAUGCCUUGUAGGUCUGUAUGUGUGCCGUGUGCAGGAGUGACAAUGCAAAAGUUGAUAGAGAGGUCAUUGCCGCCAAUGUCAAUAAUGAACACACCUGAAUCAGUCUUUUGGUGAAACUGCUAAAACAUUUUCAAGUGAUGAAUGCCUGUGGGUGUUUGAAUCACCUGCAUUAGUGUGACCAGAUUUUUUAGAUGCACAUAUAUUGCCACAAGGGUAACACCGAUAUCGGGCUUUAUGGAUUAUUUCAAAUUAGUUUGGCUACAGUGUUCUUUGGCUCCCGUCCAUAGGCCAAUUACCUUUCUGACAUACACAUCAGUGUCCUGUGUCUCCUAUAGGCCUACUGCUAUAUUACUUCUAUAUAUCUGUCCAUAUAUGUUUACGUUGAUACAUCUCCCCAUGCUGGAAAAUUAAGCAAAAAAAAAUGUGGCAACAUUUGUGUUACUUUGGGAACUCACUCAGUCCCCAUGCAUUCCCCCUCAAUUCCACCCCGCCAGUAUCUUGUGUCUCCCAAUGCAGGCCUACGUGGAGCUGAACGAGCUGAUGAAGGACCAGCAGAACCAGCAGGGCUUCUGGCAGGAGACGGGCCGAUGGGUGGGCUAUGAGGAGAGCUACGACCCAGAGGCCGGGGGCUGGGGACCCUCGCACAUCUCCUACCUCACCUUCAAGAGCCUCAUCCAGCUGCGCCGCACCAUGAACACAGGUCAGAACAGGGCCGUGUUCAUUAGGGUCACAGUGGAAAAUGUUUUGAAACGCUUUGAAAUGGAAAACGAAAAUUGAAAUUUCUUAAUCUAGUUAGAACCUUCGUGUUUUGUCCCAUUGCUUUUGUUUCGUUCUUAGUGACUAUGUCCCUGGGUUGUGAUUAUUAGGCACCAAACUGAAGAAAAUGUACUGAAACAGGAAAGGACUACCUGGGCUUGUCCAAUGAGAAAUGCACAUUUUCAUUUUAUGUUCUAAAAUGUUUUAAGAUGUUUUCCGUUGCAUGUCCUAAUGCAGCAUUUACAAACUAGGGGUUGCAACCCCAUGUGGGGUCGCUUGAUUUGAAAAUGGGGUCACGAGGGAAACUCUGCUUGGUUCAUAGAACCAUUGUGAUGUGAGUAACCUUCGAUAUCCGCUAAACAGGUUGUGACAAACAAAGCGGUUUCUGUUUUCUUCCUAUAAAUGUGGCUCUAACUUGUGAACGGUUGGAGCUAUAAGCUAUUACAAUGCUCACAGGCCAGGCACAGGACCAGCCACGCACAGGACCAGGCACCAAAUCAGACUCGGGGGAAAAGAACAUCAUCAUUGAAAGUAAUGAUGGUGUUCUUAUCUACACAGAAUAUCAUACAUACUUAUUACCUGAUCAUCUUCUGAACAUCCUAAUACCUUUCUGAUGCAUUUCAGUCACUUCAAACCAUAUUUCCUUCAGAUUUAAGCACUGUCAGACUGAUUUUUAAUAGACAGUCAUAGCGCCAAAUAAAAAAUUAAACAUUAGCUAUUGAUUACAUCACUUUUUUUUACAUGGUGAUCAGGCCAAAAUGGGGUCACAGGCCAAAAACAUUUGGGAAAACGACCCAGCAUAGAGUUGAAUGGAGGAAAAGGUCCCAUUCCAAUAGUUUUCAAAUGCAUCCUUCCUCCUUCUCUUAUAGAAGUAUUACUGAUCUGUAUGGAAUUUAUUCAAAUUUGAAUGGAAUAGAAUGGACUGAAAAGCCUGCCCACAGGGCACACCACGUCAUUUCAACGUUGACAUUUGGGUAAUAUUUGGUUGAGACGUUGAUCAAUGAGAUUUCAACCAUUAUUCACCCACUCAAAAAGACAGCCAGAAGUUUUCUAAAUUCCCAAUGUGUUAUCACUAUACUUUCAACCAUCUAAAAGCACAACUCAAUUCCAAUGGAAAAACUAUAUCUGCUUGUUGGUUUAGUUGUCAUCUAAAUGUCUUAUCUGCGCUUUCAACCAUUUAAAAGCACAACAAAGUUCAAAUGCGAAUACAAUAUCAAAUAUUUUGUAUUUAUACAACAACUUAAUGCGUUAUCACUGUGUUUCAUCAAAUAGCACAGCCAAAUAACCUGGAUUGCAGUUGUGAAUAACAUUAAAAGUACAUAGUGCAGGGCCUCCCGAGUGGUGCAGUGGUCUAAGGCUACAGACCCGGGUUCGAUCCCAGGCUGUGUUGCAACCGGCCGCGACCGGGAGACCAAUGAGGUGGUGUACAAUUGGCCCAGCGUCGUCCGGGUUAGGGGUGAGUUUGGCCGGCUGGGAUGUCCUUGUCCCAUUGCGCUCUAGUGACUCCUUCUGGUGGGCCGGGCGCAUGCAUGCUGACUUCGGUCGCCAGCUGUACAGUGUUUCCUCCGACACAUUGGUGUGGCUGGCUUCCAGGUUAAGCGAGCAGUGUGUCAAGAAGCAGUGCGGCUUGGCAGGGUCGUGUUUUGGAGGACACAUGGUUCUGAACUCCCGAGUCUGUACGGGAGUUUCAGCGAUGGGACAAGACUGUAACUACCAAUUGGUAUCACAAAAUAAAUAAAAAAAACGAAUAAAAAUGUAGUACAUAGUGCAAGUGAUCAAUGCUCCUCAAGCUUCUGUGCAGAUUAUUACAGCAAGUGUGAAGAUCUCCACAGACCUGCGACCUUUGCAUGCUAUCUUAAACAUGAACGCUUUCUAUGAUUACAUAAGAAGAUAUUUAAAGUUACAGUAAGCUAACCUCAAAAUGUAGCCAUGGAUGUGUUACACAUUUUAAGGUUGAAAAAAUACAGUUACAUUAGGUUGUAAGAUAGCCUUUACUUUAAGCUGUUGACAAAGCACGAUAGUUUCAUAUGAGCCACUGGCUUUAUCCUAUUCUUUAACUUUUAUUUUUUGUUGAGAUGGAGACGUGAAUCCAACAUACACUAUCGGUCUGACUUAGUCUGGCUUUAAUUCCAGUUUGUCUACAAAUUAAUAAUUCAUACACUAUCGGUCAAAAGUUUUAGAACACCUACUCAUUCAAGGGUUUUUCUUAAAUUGUACUAUUGUCUUGUAGAAAAUAGUAAAAAUAAAGAAAAACCCUUGAAUGAGUAGGUGUUCUAAAACUUUUGACCGAUAGUGUAUGAAUUAUUAAUUUGUAGACAAACUGGAAUUAAAGCCAGACUAAGUCAGUGGCACAGAUGGAUCUAUGCAAGUAGAAGAUACAUCUCCUUCAAAUGCUGAUUUUUGGUUUAGUUGACAACCAAACACAAUUCAAUAUCCAGUUUGUCUACAAAUUAAUCAUUUGAUACUGUAUGUUGGAUUCACAUCUCCAUCUCAACCAAAAAUCUAAGUAAAAAAAUAGGACUAAAUCUAAUCUAAUCAAACUUUAAAUGUGUUUUAAAUAAAGUUUGAUUUCAUUUAGUCCCAUUUUUUAACUUAGAUUUUUGGUUGAGAUGGAGUAUAGUGUCAUCUGAGCCAUUGGCUUUAUCCUAUUCUUUAAAAAAAACAAUUGGUUGAGAUGGAGACGUGAAUCCAACAUAUGAAUUAUUAAUUUGUUGACAAACUGGAAUUAAAGCCAGACUAAGUCAGUGGCACAGAUGGAACUAUGCAAGCAGAAGAUACAUCUCCUUCAAAUGUUGAUAUUUGGUUUCAUUGACAACCAAACACAAUUCAAUAUCCAGUUUGUCUCCAAAUUAAUCAUUUGAUACUGUAUGUUGAAUUCACAUCUCAAUCUAAGUUAAAGAAUAGGACUAAAUCUAAUCUAAUCUAAUCAAACUUCAAAUGCAUUUUAAAUUAAGUUUGAUUCCAUUUAGUCCUAUGUAGCAACGUUGAUUCAACCAGUUUGUGCCCAGUGCGUGGUUCCUUCUUCCUUUUAGUGAAGUAAUCACUGAUCUGGCAUGACUGGAUUGGCAAAAGCUAUGUUGUAACUCUGUCUUUGAUGUAUCCUUUUGUUGCAUAUCAGUAGCUACCUUGGAAAGGGAAAAGGAAGCAUUUAUUGAAAAGUGUUUGAACAGGGUUAGAAGAUGAGUGAAUAUCAUCAAGAUGAGAUCUUGAGAGAAAUUAUUCGAUUUUGACCUUGAAGCUCGAGUGAGCUCCAUCAACUGCCCUUCAACAAUAGAACCCAUCCGAACCUGUAUUUCUAGGUUGUGUUGCAAUUUAAGAGGAAAUUACCUAUAGGGGCAUUGCACCUGCAUAUUUCUCCCCAUAUAACCAUGUUGAUGUCCUGAUUCAGAGGGGUUGGGUUAAAUGCGGAAGACACAUUUCGGUUGAAUGCAUUCAGUUGUGCAACUGACUAGGUAUCCCCCUUUCCCUUUCCAUUCCUCUGUAGUUACUCUCUCUCUUCCACCCCUCUUACAUCAUUCAUUCUUAUUUUUACCCUGGCCCUGUUCAACCCCUCACCCUGUGAUGUUUGCUGUGGAUUGUUCAGGUGUGGUGAUGUUAGACCGGGAGGAGCGCAGUCUCUCCGGCAUCGCUGAGAAGAUAGUGGACGAGUUGGUCAACAAGAAAGAGAUCAGGCCCGGCGAUCGGGACGGGGUGCUCCGUUCCCUGCUCCAGAACCGCAGGUAAAGUUCACUAAGUGUUCACUAAGCUACGCUUCUAUGAUUAGUCAUCUUGCCCACGACCUGAAUACUUGUGUUUGCUGUCUAAGUAAAUGCCUUUAACACAAUGGGUUCAGAUGGUCUGUCACAGUAAAGUCCUACUCAGAUCUUUGUAUCGGAGGUGGUUCAAAGCCAAGCCAUACCACUGUCCAUAUAAAUACUAACUUAGGGACCAGUGGAGGCUCCUUAGAGGAGGAAGGGGAGGAGUAUCCUACUCAGUGAAUUUCAUUUGUUUUUGUUUUUGAAACUUUCAAAAAGCUAUCCUUUUUAGAUACAAUUAUACUAAAUAUAUUCACGUCACCAAAUAACUGAUUAAAACACACUGUUUUGCAAUGAAGAUCUACAGUAGCCUCAACAGCCGGUGUAAAUGCUAAACUGCUGUACUGCAUGAUUGUACACAUGGAUUGGAUUGUGGGUUUAUUAAUGCGUUAGUUCUAGUUUGUUGACUAUAACAUUAAUAUUGUGAAAAUGAUGUUGGCUAUGUUGCGGUUAGCGGUUACAAGCAAAGGGAAAAGGUGAGAGGAGGAGAGCACGUAGAUGUGAAAAGGAAUUAUACAACGAGCAAAGUGAUGAUGCUGUACAGUGCCUUGCAAAAGUAUUCAUCCCCCUUGGUAUUUUUCCUAUUUUGUUGCAUUACAACCUGUCAUUUAAAUGUAUUUUUAUUUGGAUUUCAUGUAAUGGACAUACACAAAAUAGUCAAAAUUGGGGAAGUCAAAUGAAAAAAAUUCUAAAAAAUAAAUAACGGAAAAGUGGUGCGGCAUUUGUAUUCACCCCCUUGGCUAUGAAGCCUCUAAAUAAGAUCUGGUGCAACCAAUUACCUUCAGAAGUCACAUAAUUAGUUAAAUAAAGUCCACUGUGUGCAAUCUAAGUGUCACAUGAUCUGUCACAUGAUCUCAGUAUAUUUACACCUGUUCUGAAAGGCCCAAGAGUCUGCAAGGGGCACCACCAAGCAAGCAGCACCAUGAAGACCAAGGAGCUCUCCAAACAGGUCAGGGACAAAGUUGUGGAGAAGUACAGAUCAGGGUUGGGUUAUAAAAGAAUAUCUGAAACUUUGAACAUCCCACGGAGCACCAAUAAAUCCAUUAUUAAAAAAUGGAAAGAACAUGGCACCACAACAAACCUGCCAAGAGAGGGCCGCCCACCAAAACUCACGGACCAAGCAAGGAGGGCAUUAAUCAGAGAGGCAACAAAGAGACAAGAGAUAACCCUGAAGGAGCUGCAAAGCUCCACAGCGGAGAUUGGAGUAUCUGUCCAUACGACAACUUUAAGCCGUACACUCCACAGAGCUGGGCUUUACGAAAGAGUGGGCAGAAAAAAGCCAUUGCUUAAAGGCAUGUGGGAGACUCCCCAAACAUAUGUAAAAAGGUACUCUGGUCAGAUGAGACUAAAAUUGAGCUUUUUGGCCAUCAAGGAAAACACUAUGUCUGGCGCAAACCCAACACCUCUCAUCACCCCGAGAACACCAUCCCCACAGUGAAGCAUGGUGGUGGCAGCAUCAUGCUGUGGGGAUGUUUUUCAUCGACAGGGACUGGGAAACUGGUCAGAAUUGAAGGAAUGAUGGAUGGCGCUAAAUACAGGGAAAUUCUUGAGGGAAACCUGUUUCAGUCUUCCAGAGACUUGAGACUGGGACGGAGGUUCACCUUCCAGCAAGACAUUGACCCUAAGCAUACUGCUAAAGCAACACUUGAGUGGUUUAAGGGGAAACAUUUCAAUGUCUUGGAAUGGCCUAGUUAAAGCCCAGACCUCAAUCCAAUUGAGAAUCUGUGGUAUGACUUAAAGAUUGCUGUACACCAGCGGAACCCAUCCAACUUGAAGGAGCUGGAGCAGGUUUUCCUACUUACAAAGCAUGUAGAGGUCUGUAAUUUGUAUCAUAGGUACACUUCAACUGUGAGAGACGGAAUCUAAAACAAAAAUCCAGAAAAUUACAUUGUAUGAUUUUUAAGUAAUUAAUUUGCAUUUUAUUGCAUGACAUAAGUAUUUGAUCACCUACCAACCAGUAAGAAUUCCGGCUCUCACAGACCUGUUAGUUUUUCUUUAAGAAGCCCUCCUGUUCUCCACUCAUUACCUGUAUUAACUGCACCUGUUUGAACUCGUUACCUGUAUAAAAGACACCUGUCCACACACUCAAUCAAACAGACUCCAACCUCUCCACAAUGGCCAAGACCAGAGAGCUGUGUAAGGACAUCAGGGAUAAAAUUGUAGACCUGCACAAGGCUGGGAUGGGCUACAGGACAAUAGGCAAGCAGCUUGGUGAGAAGGCAACAACUGUUGGCGCAAUCAUUAGAAAAUGGAAGAAGUUCAAGAUGACGGUCAAUCACCCUCGGUCUGGGGCUCCAUGCAAGAUCUCACCUCGUGGGGCAUCAAUGUUCAUGAGGAAGGUGAAGGAUCAGCCCAGAACUACACGGCAGGACCUGGUCAAUGACCUGAAGAGAGCUGGGACCACAGUCUCAAAGAAAACCAUUAGUAACACACUACGCCGUCAUGGAUUAAAAUCCUGCAGCGCACGCAAGGUCCCCCUGCUCAAGCCAGCGCAUGUCCAGGCCCGUCUGAAGUUUGCCAAUGACCAUCUGGAUGAUCCAGAGGAGGAAUGGGAGAAGGUCAUGUGGUCUGAUGAGACAAAAAUAGAGCUUUUUGGUCUAAACUCCACUCGCCGUGUUGGAGGAAGAAGAAGGAUGAGUACAACCCCAAGAACACCAUCCCAACCGUGAAGCAUGGAGGUAGAAACAUCAUUCUUUGGGAAUGCUUUUCUGCAAAGGGGACAGGACGACUGCACCGUAUUGAGGGGAGGAUUGAUGGGGCCAUGUAUCACGAGAUCUUGGCCAACAACCUCCUUCCCUCAGUAAGAGCAUUGAAGAUGGGUCGUGGCUGGGUCUUCCAGCAUGACAACGACCCAAAACACACAGCCAGGGCAACUUAGGAGUGGCUCCAUAAGAAGCAUCUCAAGGUCCUGGAGUUGCCUAGCCAGUCUCCAGACCUGAACCCAAUAGAAAAUCUUUGGAGGGAGCUGAAAGUCUGUAUUGCCCAGCGACAGCCCCGAAACCUGAAGGAUCUGGAGAAGGUCUGUAAGGAGGAGUGGGCCAAAAUCCCUGCUGCAGUGUGUGCAAACCUGGUCAAGACCUACAGGAAACGUAUGAUCUCUGUAAUUGCAAACAAAGGUUUCUGUAACAAAUAUUAAGUUCUGCUUUUCUGAUGUAUCAACUACUUAUGUCAUGCAAUAAAAUGCAAAUUAAUUACUUAAAAAUCAUACAAUGUGAUUUUCUGGAUUUUUGUUUUAGAUUCCGUCUCUCACAGUUGAAGUGUACCUAUGAUAAAAUUACAGACCUCUACAUGCUUUGUAAGUAGGAAAACCUGCAAAAUCGGCAGUGUAUCAAAUACUUGUUCUCCCCACUGUAUAUGGCGGGUGAUCAGGGUGCAUUCAUUCCGCCGAUUCUGUUGCAAAACGUUUUUUAAACAGAAGCAAACGGAACAAAACGUGGAGGACAUACCUGAGUUUGUCCAACAGAAACUCUCGUUUUAGUUUUCUGCAACAGUUUGGACUAAUGAUUACACUGUCUGUCACCUUGAUUACUCCAAUUUGUCUCUCGACCGGUGCACCCACAUUAUAAACUUUCAUUUGUAGGUUAGGUUGUAGCAACCUCAUGAUGGGUAUAGGGCAAAUUCUAGUAUCAUGUAGUAGCCUAAACCUAUUGAUGUUACAUUGAGCUAAGUGAAUGGAAUAUGAAUGACAGUCAUCCAAUAUGCAGUAGUAGAAAUAAGGCCAUACUCAUAAAAAAAAAUCUUCCUCCUUAAUCUUAAACGCCACCGACCGCCACUGUUAGGGACAGACCAGGGGCCUGUUAAACCAGUUGAGUAUAUGUCUGGUCGUAACUCUACAACUGACUUAGAAUGCGGACCUAAGAAUUAUACCUGUUACAUUACCUAGGCAUAAGCCUUUCUAUGAGCUAUACAUACAGUACAUGAAUACAUAUACAUCUAUAUGGUUCUGAGACAAACUGUUAAUAAAUAUAAGGUGUGAUUCUCUCCCCAGGCAAACUGCAGGAGAUAGCCAACCCUUGAUCGGGGGGACUGAGAUGCAGACCUUUUCUGUCAAAGAGAGGGUACGUCACCCUGUCCUGUAAUAUGUCAUUCAGUCAGCAGUCACCCAAAACAGUAAUAGAUCAACAAUACCAACAUUUAAAAACACACAAAUUAAAUGUAAAUGUGUUCAAACAGCCAUUUCAGAUCAUUGAUUUUACUACAUACUAUAAACAUCACGUUUCUUCCCUCAGAGAGAUGCAACUGACACUGUAGAGGCCUCUAUGGUGCUUGUUGGUAAGUGCAAAUCUGAAUUGGUUAUCAGUACAGUGUGUGUGUGUGUGUGUGUGUGUGUGUGUGUGUGUGUGUGUGUGUGUGUGUGUGUGUGUGUGUGUGUGUGUGUGUGUGUGUGUGUGUGUGUGUGUGUGUGUGUGUGUGCGCAUCUUCAUGCCUGUGCACGUGUGCAUGUGUAUGUAUACGCAUACCUCACAGGAGGUUGGUGGCACCUUAAUUGGGGAGGAUGGCUCAUAAUAAUGUCUGGAAUGGAGGGAAUUGAAUGGUAUAAAACACAUGGAAACCAUACUGUAUGUUUGAUGAGUUCGAUACCAUUCCAUUGAUUCCGUUCCAGCCAUUACUAUAAGCCCGUCCUCCCCAAUUAAGGUGCCACCAACAUCCUGUGUCAUACCUAUGUAUGCUUAUGUUUGUUUGUGUGUGUGUGUGUGUGUGUGUGUGUGUACCAGGAGCUCUGGACUUCCUGGAGAGGCCAACGGUGGCGUUUGUGCGUCUGAAGGAGGCUCUUGUUCUGGAUUCGGCCCUGGAGGCCCCAGUGCCAGUCCGCUUCGUCUUUAUCCUGGUGGGCCCCACCAAGAGUGACAUGGACUACCACGAGACCGGCCGCGCAAUGGCAGCACUCAUGGCCGACAAAGUGAGUUAGCGAAUUAAAAGGUCCAAUGAAAGAGCAGGAAGUGGAGAAGAGCUAAACUGUACAGGAAAUGAGAGCACGUAAACAGGAAAUGGUAAUCAUAAAAAAAGAGAUUCAUGACACAUUUUGUAACCAGUAUCAGUACAUGUUUGUAAGAUAUGGUUGUUUCUAGGACUACAACCAUGAUACACUCUCCAUUUAGGAGAAAUGCAAAACAAUUUCUCCAUUGAGCAUGUUUAUUAUUCCAGGACUAGGCUUAUCUAGUGUCUGGGAACUUUUUCACAUCCCCAUUUCUUUGCCCUCUCUUCUUUUCCCUCCAUCCCAGGUGUUCAACCAGGCGGUGUUCCAGGCGCAAGGCGAGCGAGAGCUGACGGACGCGGUGGCUGACUUCAUGGACUGCAGCAUUGUGAUCCCUCCCACGGAGAUCCAGGAUGGGGCAAUGCUCCAGUCCAUCAUCGGCUUCCAGAAGAAACUGCUGCAGGAGAGGCUCAGCCCCUCCGGCCCCGUGUUGCGUCUGGACAUGAAUCCACGCAAACGUGGGUGGAGGCUCAUUGACAUAUUCUACAAUAAUACAAUAGAAUAGAAUAAAAUAAAAUAGCAUCAAUACAUGAGCAUACACAUACAUAAGUGUUACAAAAACCCACUUUCAUCUACAGCACCUGUUUUGUAGUUGGUUGAUGGAGGUCUCCCUCUGUUAAAAAAUCUCUCAAAACAUAACCUUUCCCCCAAAAAAUGGAACAUAUCAGCAUUUCUCCCUUAUUUAAAUAUGUUUUAUUAGAAGUAUAUUCCAAACCUUCCCAGCUUAGCUGUACCUAAUAUUUUCCUAGUUUCCAAACCAUCUGGGCCUCCUCCUGAGGAUCCUCUGGUCCGUACGGGUCGGCCGUUCGGCGGCAUGAUACGAGAUGCGAAGAGACGCUACCAGCACUAUGUGAGUGACUUCACCGAUGCCCUCAACGCUCAAGUUCUCGCCGCUGUCAUCUUUAUCUACUUCGCCGCCCUGUCCCCUGCCGUCACCUUCGGAGGACUGCUAGGUAAGUACUGUGUGUGUUGAGUGUGUGUGUUGAGCGUGCGUGCGUGCUUGCUUACGUGUUCGCAUGUAUGUGUGUGUGUGUGUAUAUAUGUGUGUUCGUGUUAUCUAUGUGUCAGAGUGAGCCUGUCAGGUGUGCCAGAUGGGUGUGGUUUGUACUUUAGGGACUAUUCCAUUGGGCUAGGCAAGCUCAAUCAAACGCAGCUAAAAUAUUUGAAAGAAAACAAAUACUAUUCAAACCCAUGUCUGUAACGCCAUAACCUCUCCUUUCCCACUCCCCUACUUCAGCUGAUAAGGUGGACAACAUGAUGGGUGUGUCUGAGCUCCUGGUCUCCACCUGUGUCCAGGGGGUCAUUUUCUGCUGCAUCGCAGCCCAGCCUGUCCUGGUCAUUGGCUUCUCAGGCCCACUGCUCGUGUUUGAGGAGGCCUUCUUUGCCGUGAGUGAUUCCUCUAGUAACGCAACACCUGCAAAAUGGCUGAGGAGCUAUGGCUCUCUAUAUUUGAUUGACAAAAAAUGGAUAUUCCAUCGUGCAUGCAAUGAUGCAUCUUAUUGAAGUGUUUUUGUUAGUGUGUUUUUUUCUUUCUGUUAUGUUUGUGGUGUCAUAUGUGUUUCAUCAUAUUUAAUUAAAUGUAUGAAUGGUAAAUGAUCAUAUGAGAAUGCUAAAGAUAUUAGUCCAGGCAAUAUGUGCCACAUUUGAGGUGAUAUGUUAACUUUUUCAUUAAAGUAUGAAACUUGGUACACUUGUACAGUUUGGGGCCCUGAACAUUUUCAAAUAUGGAGCCAGGUGGUUGUGGCGGUAUAGCAAAAUGGCCACCAUGGCUGCCUGGAGUGGUUUUUGAUUGUAAACAUAGGGGUAGACAUAAUAUUUCCAUGUUAUUAUGUUUGGUUGAGGAGAUAUGACGUAAAAUACAUAGGAAUGGAAAAUGGCUGCCACAGCCGUCAUGAGAUGUUUUUGCGAUGGAUCCAUAUCUGAAAAUGUUCAGGGCUCCAAAAUGUACAAGUUUCAUGUUUUUAUGAAAAAGUUCACAUAAUUUUCACAUAUCGCCUUGACUAUUUGUAGAAUACCACUAAAUAUCACUGACCACUGGCAAUAACCUGGAGUCAUUCCAUUCCAUCCCAUUCAGUUCUGUAAGUCUCAGGACAUUGAGUACAUUGUGGGGCGAGUGUGGGUGGGCGUGUGGCUGGUGGUCAUCGUGGUGGUCAUCGUGGCGUUCGAGGGAAGUUUCUUGGUCCGCUUCAUCUCCCGCUUCACCCAGGAGAUCUUCUCCAUCCUCAUCUCCCUCAUCUUCAUCUACGAGACCUUCUCCAAGCUGGGCAGGGUAUACAUCACCAUCCCACCUCUGCCCAUCCUGUUACAUAACACUACUCAACUGUCAUUAAUGUUACAUUUAUUCAGUCUACUGUCAUUAUUGUUCCAUUACAUUACUCCACUGUCAUUAGCGUUACAUUACGUUAUUCCACUGUCAUUACUGUUACAUUACUCCACUGUCUCCAAUCCUCUUGCUCUCUCUCAACUUUAUUUCAAUAUCAAUUACUGGUAUCUGACUCGAAGGACCGGAUAAAUAAAUAAUUGUUUUAGCUCAAAAACAGGAAUUCAUCCAAUCGCUGUCUGUAGAUUUUCAAGGCCCACCCAUUGAUCCUGAACUACGACCACCUCAACAACACGGUGGAGGACCCAUGGCACCCAGUGGUGAUGCACAACUACCUGUAUGACAACAGCACGGGCAACACCACCACCACAGUCAACAUCCUGGACCGGGCCUACCCCAACACGGCCCUGCUCUCCAUGUGCCUCAUGUUUGGAUGCUUCUUCAUCGCCUUCUUCCUGCGCCAGUUCAAGAAUGGGACCUUCCUACCUGGAAAGGUAAUGAUAUGAAUUAAUUAAUGAUCUCUAUUCAACAAUUUAAUGUACAUUUAAAGUGGCCUCAGCCAUGUGAAUACAACAAUGCAUAUAUUGAGGAUAAAGUCAACAGACUCAUUUCCAUUGUCAACAGACUCAUUUCCAUUGUAACAUGAUUUCAUUUCAAUAGGGCUUGCAUCUUUAGUUUUAACAACUUUUUUUACAUCCUCAUCCCCUCUCACAUUGGGGAUCAAUAAAGUUAAACUCAAUGAAAUUAUUCAAGUUCUAUAAGCACUUUAAAUUAUAAGACAGGGGACUCGGCACUAGCCUAGGAGCCAGUCAGAUACACUUGUCAAGCUUUGUUGUUAUGUGUUUGUCUGCCUUUCAGAUCCGGCGCUUGAUUGGGGACUUUGGGGUGCCCAUUGCUAUUUUCUUAAUGUGUGUUGUGGACAUCAACAUAGAGGAUGCCUACACCCAGGUUAGUCCUUGCUAGCCUGGUCUCAGAUAUGUUUGUGCUCUUUCCAACUCCAUUGCUCUGUCAUUGUCGGAUCAAACAUGUUCGCAUGGUGGCACAUACAGACUGGCACUCAGGCUAAGUCCUUAAGUCUAUGACUGCAGGCGUUCUGGAAAUUUUCAACCCUACGUUCAACUAAAGUAUCAAUUCACUUUGUUAUAGAAUAAACUUGUAGUGUGAGUUGAGCAUAAUAAACGUAACUUACCUGAUGUAGGAAUAGAUCAAAUGAAUUAAAAGUUGGCCACCCUAACUGGUGUCUUUCCCUGGUUAGAAACUGGUGGUGCCCAAGGGUCUGACGGUGUCAAACCCCGCUGCCAGAGGUUGGCUCAUCAACCCGUUUGGCGAACACAAGGCUUUCCCCGUGUGGGUGAUGUUCGCUUGCUGUGUGCCCGCUUGUCUCGUCUUCAUCCUCAUCUUCCUCGAGUCCCAGAUCACCACGUGAGUGACAGCUGUCAAUCAGUAAUCAGGCCAUUUACAAAGUUUACAGUUUAAAAUCAGUCCAUUUACAAAAUCAGUCUAUUUCACUUGUAAGUCCUGCCAUUUACAAGUGAAAUGAUGAAAUUGUGUGAUUGUGAAAUAAAUAAUUGGAUAGAAAUUACAUUUACAAAGGUAACUGAGAUAUGAAAUAAUAAUUUCUUGUGGAAAACAUACUCAGACAGCAAUAUGCUUGUAUCUCCACUUUGCCCUCAGAAAGGCUACCAUAGGUUGUAGGUGCUAGGUUUUUUUUCUGGACAGGGUUUUGUAAUGAUGGCCCUGUCCAAAACCCCUAAUCCCCAUCUCCUAGAAACUUGUUUCUAAGGAUUGUUUCUGGACAAGGCCAUCGAUACACGACCCUUACCCCUAAUACUUACCCUUACCCAUAACCUAACCUAUAUUGUUUUCCUUGUCAGUCUGAUUGUGAGUAAGCCGGAGAGGAAGAUGGUCAAGGGAUCCGGCUUCCAUCUGGACCUUCUCAUCCUGGUGGGCAUGGGCGGGUUUGGUGCCAUGUUUGGUGUGCCGUGGCUGAGUGCCGCCACCGUGCGUUCGGUUACCCACGCCAACGCCCUCACUGUCAUGAGCAAGGGGCCCAAGCCGGAGAUCGAGAAGGUUGUGGAGCAGAGGGUCAGUGGGAUUCUGGUGGCUCUACUCGUCGGUGAGUGACCUCACUACUUGAUCACAGUGCUGGAAAAAGUACCCAAUUGUCAUACUUGAGUAAAAGUAAAGAUACCUUAAUAGAAAAUGACUCAAGUAAAAGUGAAAGUCACCCAGUAAAAUACUACUUCAGUAAAAGUCUAAAAGUAUAUGGUUUUAAAUAUACUUAAGUAUCAAAAGUAAAAGUAUAAAUCAUUUCAAAUUCCUUACAUUAAGCAAACCCGAUGGCACCAUUAUUUAUUUAUUUUUUACUUAUGGAUAGCCAGGGGCACACUCCAACACUCAAACAUCACCUACAAACUAAGCAUGUGUGUUUAGUGAGUCCGUCAGAUCAGAGGCAGUACGGAUGACCAGGGAUGUUCUCUUGAUAAGUGCGUGAAUUGGACCAUUUUCCUGUCCUGCUAAGCAUUCAAAAUGUAACAAGCACUUUUGGGUGUCAGGGAAAAUGUAUGGAGUAAAAAGUACAUUAUUUUCUUUAGGAAUGUAGUGAAAAGAAAGUUAAAGUUGUCAAUAAUAUAAAUAGUAAAGUAGAGUACAGAUACCCAAAAAAAAAUACUUAAGUAGUACUUUAAAGUAUUUUGACUUAAAUACUUUACACCACUGCUUGAUCAGUCAAUUCUUAUUCGUAUAUGGAAAAAAAAUACAUUUCAAAUAUAUGUUUUUAUACAUCUUUUAGGAUACAUGUGAAAUAUUUUUAUUUUAUUGAUUUUUUUAACCACCUUUUUCUCCCCAAUUUUGUGAUAUCCAAUUGCGGUCCAAUUACGAUCUUGUCUCAUCACUGCAACUCCCCAAUGGGCUCGGGAGAGGUGAAGGUCGAGUCAUGCGUCCUCCGAAACAUGACCCGCCAAGCCGCACUUCUUAACACACGUUCGCUUAACCCGGAAGCCAGCUGCACCAAUGUGUUAUUCUACUAUGUAGAAAAUAGUAAAAAGAAAGAAAAACCCUUGAAUGAGUAGGUGUUCUAAAACUUUUGACCGAUAGUGUAUCUUUUUAUUAAAAUGUAUGGUAAAAAAAAAUUAAAAGGCCAAAUCAUAUUGUAACGAAAUGGUAACUGUCCUAACAAUGCAACUUUAAAGAUGCACUAUGCAGGAAUCGCUCCACCAUUUCCUGGUCGCUAAAAUUCUAAUCGUUUGCCUAAUUUCAGUUUAUGUGACAAAACAAGCAAGUAUAGUGUAGAGAACCAUUGUACCAUCUAAACCAAUGUGAAAUAUAUUUUCCAAAACAAACGUAUUUUUAAAUGUUUGAAGCUGGUGUACAAAACCGAAAGUAAAAGACGCAAAAACUAAACUUAAGAACGGGAAACAUAGAAAUAGCGCUCAUGGAACAGAUCUACCGCUUCUUAGACUUGCUUUCAAUGAGAAUGACAGAUCUACACUAAACAAUAAUAUAAACACAACAUGCAACAAUUCCAAUGAUUUUACUGAGAUACAGUUCAUAUAAGGAAAUCAGUUAAUAAAUUCAUUAGACCCUAAUCUAUGGAUUUCACAUUACUGGGAAUAAAGAUAUGUAUCUGUUGAUCACAGAUACCUUAGAAAGAAGGUAGGGGCAUCGAUCAGAAAACCAGUAAGUAUCUGGUGUGACCAUCAUUUGCCUCAUGUAGCGCGAUACAUCUCCUUCGCAUAGAGUUGAUCAAGCUGUUGAUUGUGGCCUGUAGAAUGUUGUCCCACUCCUCUUCAAUGGCUGUGCGAAAUUGCUGGACAUUAUCGGGAACUGGAACAAGCUGUCGUACACGUCGAUCCAGAGCAUCCCAAACAUGCUCAAUGGGUGACAUGUCUGGUGAGUAUACAGGCCAUGGAAGAACUGUGUAAAGAUCCUUGUGACAUGGGGCCAUGCAUUAUCAUGCUGAAACAUGACGUGAUGGUAGUGGAUGAAUGGCACGACAAUGGGCCUCAGGAUCUCGUCACGGUAUCUCUAUGCAUUCAAAUUGCCAUCGAUAAAAUGCAGUUGUGUUCAUUGUCCAUAGCUUAUGCCUGUCCAUACCAUAAUCCCACUGCCAUGAUAGGGCACUCUGUUCACAACGUUGACAUCAGCAAACCGCUCGCCCACAUGACGCCAUACACACUACGCUGUCUGCCAUCUGCCCGAUACAGAUGAAACUGGGAUUCAUCCGUGAACAGCACACUUCUCCAGUGUGCCAGUGGCCAUCAAAGGUGAGUAUUUGCCCAUUGAAGUCAGGUUACAACGCCGAACUGCAGUCAUAUCAAGACCAUGGAGAGGACGACGAGCACGCAGAUGAGCUUCCCUGAGACGGUUUCUGGCAGUUUGUGCAAAAUGUGUCCGUUGUGCAAACCCACAGUUUCAUUUGCAGUCCGGGUGGCUGGUCUUAGACGAUCCCGCAGGUGAAGAAGCCGGAUGUGGAGGUCCUGGGCUGGCGUGGUUACACGUGGUCUGCGGUUGUGAGGCCGGUUGGACGUACUGCCAAAUUCUAUAAAACGAUGUUGGAGGCAGCUUAUGGUAGAGAAAUUAACAUUAAAUUCUCUGGCAACAGCUCUGGUAAAGUAAUUUUCUCUGAUGAAUCCCCUUUCCGAUUGUUUGGGGCAUCCGGAAAAAAGCUUGACCGGAGAAGACAAGGUGAGCGCUACCAUCAGUCCUGUGUCAUGCCAACAGUAAAGCAUCCUGAAACCAUUCAUGUGUGGGGUUGCUUCUCAGCCAAUGGAGUGGGCUCACUCACAAUUUUGCCGAAGAACACAGCCAUGAAUAAAGAAUGGUACCAACACAUCCUCCGAGAGCAACUUCUCCCAACCAUCCAAGAACAGUUUGGUGACGAACAAUGCCUUUUCCAGCAUGAUGGAGCACCUUGCCAUAAGGCAAAAGUGAUAACUAAGUGGCUUGGGGAACAAAACAUCAACAUUUUGGGUCCAUGGCCAGGAAACUCCCCAAACCUUAAUCCCAUUGAGAACUUGUGGUCAAUCCUCAAGAGGCGGGUGGACAAACAAAAACCCACAAAUUCUGACAAACUCCAAGCAUUGAUUAUGCAAGAAUGGGCUGCUAUCAGUCAGGAUGUGGCCCAGAAGUUAAUUGACAGCAUGCCAGGGCGGAUUGCACAGGUCUUGAAAAAGAAGGGUCAACACUGCAAAUAUAUACCUUAAUGUAAUUGUCAAUAAAUGCUUUUGACACUUAUGGAAUGCUUGUAAUUAUACUUCAGUAUACCAUAGUAACAUCUGACAAAAAUAUUUAAAAACACUGAAGCAGCAAACUUUGUGAAGACCAUUACUUGUGUCAUUCUCAAAACUUUUGACCACGACUGUACAUGACCCCAUGGGUACUUUUUCCACCACUGAAAUUAGUAAACAAUUUUCAUACUUGAGUAAAAGUAAAGAUACCUUAAUAGAAAAUGGCUCAAGUAAAACUACUUAAGUAGUGUUUUAAAGUAUCUUUACUUAAGUACUUUACACCACUGACUAAUUACAAAAAACUUGAGAAACAUACACAUAGGAUAUUGCCAUAAACCAGAGGAGGCUGGUGGGAGGAGUUAUAGAAGGACGGGCUCAUUGUAAUGGCUGGAAUGGAAUAAUAGGAACAGAGUCAAACACAUUGUUUCCAUGGGUUUGAUGUGUUUGGUACCAUUCCGUUGAUUCCAUUCCAGCCAUUACAAUGAGUUCCUCCCUAUAGCUCCUCCCACCAGCCUCCUCUGCCAUAAACAAUACACUAACUGUUCACUGUGUCCUUCUUGCAGUAUCAUUGUUAGAUAGUGGCCCAUUUUAUACUGUAAUAUUGUUUUCCCUAGGUUAAAACAGAUCUAGGAUAAUCUUCCCCUCCCCCAAUCCUAACCAUUAGUGGGGGAAUGCAAAACUGACCCCAUCAGUGUCUAGGGGCAACUUCACCCUUCACCUGUAUUGACAAGGCUAAUACCUGUCUGUAUCCAGGUCUGUCCAUUCUCAUGGAGCCCAUCCUGAAGAUGAUUCCGAUGACGGCUCUGUUCGGGAUCUUCCUCUACAUGGGAAUCACCUCGCUCAACGGGAUCCAGUUGUGGGAUCGCAUUCUGCUCCUGCUCGUCCCCAAGAAAUACCACCCCAACGAGCCCUACGCCACCAGGGUAUAUUAACAGACAGCAGAUCCCUGACACAGUAUGCCCACUGUGUGUCAGGGAUCUGGGCAAAAUGUGGCAUAUAAUGUGACGUCUUUAUGACACCAUUUUCUGGUUAUAAACCGUUUUUUGGUUGAGAAGAUGUCAUAUAACCAGACUAUAUCCAACUGGACUCUUACAACCAGUUAAAGACAUAUUUUUUCAUGACAAGAUCAAGACGCCAUGGGAAAGACGUCAUAUUUAGGUUAUUAUGUGUUAGUUUUUUUGGUCAGAUUACAACCAGAUAAAGGCGUCACGCUGUAUGCCUCUGUAUUCUUAUGUAUUGGCUAGGACUCCCUCAAAAAGGAGAUGGUAUAAGUAAAUAAAUAACAAUCAGAAUUCCCUUUCUCCUUAUUCCUGCUUGCACUAGGUGUCAACGGGCAGGAUGCACCUUUACACAGCCAUCCAGGUGGUGUGUCUGGCAGUGCUGUGGAUCGUCAAGUCCAGCCCCGCCUCCCUGGCCCUGCCCUUUGUUCUCAUCCUCACUAUCCCCCUCCGCAUGGCCAUGACCGGACGCUUCUUCACCGAACUGGAGAUGAAAUGUGUAAGUAGACAUCAGGGUGUUGCGUGUGGUCCUAUUAUAAAGCUUGGUGCUGGUAAUAGUAAGGUUGUGGGUUCGAUUCCCGAAGGGGAUCACAUACACAUACGAAAAAAGGAAUGCACCCACUGUACUGCAAGUUGCUUUGAAUAAAAUAAUCUACUAAGUGGUAUAUAUUAUUAUUAUCUGUACAAUACAGAACAAUACAGUACAAUGCAGCAUACCAACAGCCAACCUCACUCCCACCCUCAUCUAUACCAUGCUGUUCAUCAUUGUGGGUUGAUUCUUCAUUUGAAAUCAGUUCUUUCGAAGGCCUUUGUUUGGUUUGGUCUCAUACACAAAGCUUCCAAUGAGCACAACGUUUGUUGAGGUUGACAUCGAAUGAGAUCGUUCCUUACUGUUAUGUGUUUCCUUGUUCUGUUGUGUUUCAGUUGGACGCUGACGAUGCUAAGGUGACAUUCGAGGAGGAGCCUGGACAGGACAUGUACAAUGAAACUCAGAUGCCAUUG